GUGUGAGGGCGCCGCUGGGUGAGUCUGCCCCUGUCUCCACUGCUCCCUUUUCCCAAAGAAAAGAAGAGAGAGCCAGAGCCGGGGAGGAGGGCCGCUACCGCCGCCAUUAUCGGAAAUCUGGCAGCAGAAAUCCCACUUUCACACACGCAGUCGGCUGACAGAUUCACCGGGACAUGAAGCGUCUAUGUAACAGAAAUCGCGUGUUCCUUUGAGGCCAAACACUCCGCUAUUGCAACGAAGUCAGCAUUGUUCCGUGCGCGAGACCGGCCCUGCAUUAUGUGGCCACAACAAUGGACAGAAUAAUUAUAGAAAAAGCAACGUGGUCAAGCGAACAGAACACGGAUAAGUAGAUUUUUGAACGCCUGGAUUUCUCAAGAACAAAAGCCUACACGGAACACCGCCAAAUUGUUCCAUUUUUGGGCACAUUUCUGCGCGCUUUGCCUGUUUAAUUGCAAAGAAAGCGCUGGGACUGAACAAGAGAGUCAGGCAUGGGCAGGGGGUAUUUAAAUGAAGGACCUCGGUUGCUUAAGUUGGAGUAAUCUUAGUGUUUUAAGUGGAAAUAAAAAGGACAAAUAGUGCAGUCUGCGGCUCUGCUUGUGCACAUCAGGCGGCGAGGUCUGCGGCAGGAGGUGGCCUGACAGAUGCGAGAGGAGAAAGGAGAAAUGCGCUGGGUCUGACUCAUAAGGACUGGCUUAAUGACUGCUGAUAUCACCCCUCUGCUAUUUAUUCAAAUUGAAGUCCAGCGAAGAGUCUGAACUGAGCAUCUGUGUGAACACAUGUUUGAGUGAACUUUAUUACACAGUGCCUGUUGUGGCAGGAUGAGUGUCUGGAGAUUAUGAUGGCUAAAAAGCAAGAUGCCCGGUCGCCCCUCUACAACCUGGUUGUGGUGGGUUUGUCUGGAACAGAGAAGGAGAAAGGUCAGUGUGGGGUGGGGAAGUCCUGCCUGUGUAAUCGCUUUGUGCGCCCCAGUGCCGAUGACUUCUACCUGGAUCACACAUCUGUCCUGAGCACCAGUGACUUUGGGGGUCGAGUAGUGAACAAUGAUCACUUUCUGUUUUGGGGGGAGGUGGGGCGUGUCUUGGAAGAGGGGCCUGAAUGUCGGAUGCACGUGGUGGAGCAGACUGAAUUUAUUGAUGACCAGACAUUUCAGCCACAUCGUAGCACUGCGAUGCAGCCCUAUAUUAAGCGAGCUGCUGCCACAAAGCUGGCCUCAGCAGAGAAGCUAAUGUACUUUUGCACGGAUCAGCUGGGCCUGGAGCAGGAUUUUGAGCAGAAACAAAUGCCCGAAGGAAAGCUACAGGUGGAUGGCUUCCUGCUUUGUGUUGAUGUCAGCCGCGGCAUGAACAGGAACUUUGAUGACCAGCUCAAGUUUGUCACUAACUUAUAUGGUCAGCUGAGCAAAACUAAGAAACCAAUAGUUUUGGUUCUCACCAAAUGUGAUGAAGGAGUUGAACGCUAUAUCAAAGAUGCACACACCUUUGCUAUUACUAAAAAGAAUCUACCUGUAGUCGAGACAUCAGCCCGCUCAAAUAUAAAUGUAGAUCUUGCUUUUCUCACUUUAGUCCAACUAAUUGAUAAAAGCAGGGGCAAGCCCAAGAUAAUUCCUUAUUUUGAGGCUCUGAAGCUGCAGAGUCAACAGAUUGCAUCAGCCAAGGAUCGAUACGAGUGGCUUAUCAACCGUAUUGUUAAAAAUCACAAUGAAACCUGGUUAAACACCAGCCGGCGGAUGAACAACUCCCCCGAGUACAAAGAAUAUGUGUUCUUGGAGGGAACAGCAAAAUGUAAAAAGCUUUUCCAACAGCAUGUUUAUCGUUUAAAACAAGAACACAUUGAGAGACGUCGCAAGAUCUACCUAAGCACUCUUCCUUUAGCACUUAGCUCUUUAGUGCCUGACUUGGAUGAGAUUGACCAGCUGAGCUGGUCCGGAGUGCAGAAGGUCCUGGAAUCCAAACCACACUUUGCUCACUGGUUUGUUGUGUUGGAGGAUUCUCCAUGGGAGGACACAUCCCACAUCGACAACAUGGAGGAUGAGCGAAUCCCCUCAGACCUGCUGGAAACCGGAGAGGCAGAGGACAUCUUUAAUGCCCACCUGGAGCACCUGCGUAAUGAGUGCAGAAGAGCAGAGAUCAGACUGGAGUUCAAACAUAGGUUAGUGUCAUCUCCGUUUGUCACACCAGGGAAACCGUGGGAGGAGGCACGCAGCUUCAUUAUGAAUGAGGAGUUCUAUCAGUGGCUGGAGGAGCCAGAGUACUUGGACCUGUAUAACCGGCACCAGAAAGAGAUUAUUGACCGCGCCAAGGAAGACUUCCAAGAGCUCCUACUCGAGUACUCUGAACUGUUUUAUGAGCUGGAGGUGGACGCUAAACCCAGUAAAGAAAAGAUGGGUGCCAUUCAGGAGGUUCUGGGGGAGGAACAACGCUUUAAGGCGCUACAAAAGCUUCCAGCUGAAAGAGAUGCUCUAGUAUUGAAGCAUAUCCACUUUGUCUAUCACCCCACAAAGGAGACCUGCCCUAGCAGUCCACACUGUGGGGACUCUAAAAUAGAACAGAUUUUAGCAUCUCGUUUCCCCACGUACUACCCCUUUUAUGACAUGAAGUGUCAUUUUGGGGACAACAAGGCCGAUAGGAUUAAUCUGGUCAUACUCGGAAAGGAUGGACUGGCCAGAGAAUUUGCCAAUGAGAUUAGGGCUUUGUGCACAAAUGAUGACUGGUAUGUGUUAGAUGGGAAGAUGUAUGAACUCACCUUACGGCCCAUAGAAGGGAAUGUACGUCUCCCGGUCAAUUCUUUCUACACGCCAACUUUCACCCCUCACGGUUGUCUGUGUCUGUACAAUUCAAAAGAUUCACUCUCUUAUGUGGUAGAAAGCUUGGAGAGACUGAGGGAGUCCACACUAGGCAGAAGGGAUAGUCAGUUAGCGCAGCUGCCUUUGUCACUGCUUUUGGUGACUAAGAGAGGAGUGGGGUCAUACUCAGAUAUUGGUGGAGAAACUGCAUUAAGCCUAAUAACACAGGGACAGCAGGUUGCCCGAAGGCUUCAGUGUAGCUUCUUAGACCCCGCCUCCCCUGGUGUUGGGUAUGGCCACAAUAUGAGUGAGUCCCAGAUUAACCAGGUACUUAGGAGUCUUCUGGACAUAAGACGGAGCACCUCCUUCAGUAGCAGCUCCCCGCCCCUCCUCCCUGAACCCCCUGGCCUUAGAGACUCCCCUCUUCAGCCUGUUCCAGAGGCAGACCUGCGCAUUGUCAUGUGUUUGAUGUGUGGAGACCCCUAUGACAUAGAGCAGCUCCUGUCUCCUUUCCUCAUGCCUCAGCACUGCAGGCCUAUGUCCAGCAGUGGCACCUCUGUCAUAUUAGAGCAGACAGUGGGUGGACACAAACUGGCUAUAGAGAUGUCAGUGCUGUCAUAUCAUGCCUCGUUCACUCUUAGAAAGAGCAGGUUGGUGCAUGGCUACAUGGCUGUGUACUCAGCCUCCCGUAAGGCCUCUCUGGAGACUCUGUGUGCGUUCCUCUGUGAGGUCCAGGACAUUAUCCCAGUACAAAUCCUGGCUGUAGGGGAUAGCCAGGCAGAGCUCACAGACAGCGACUAUGCCAGUGAACAGCUGAUUGCGGGAGAAGAGCUGGCCCAUGAGAUCGAAGGCCGCUUCAAUACUCUGGUGUGUGGCUCGGGGGGCAUGGUGGGGGGCUUGCACAGAAUAGAGAUGUUUCACUCUUUCCUCAUGGAGGUGGUGGAGAAGCGCAACAUAGUGGAGGCCACUCACAUGUAUGAUAAUGUGGCUGAAGCCUGCACUGGUGAAAACGUGUAUUCCCCACGCUGCAGCUCUCCCAGCCCUGUCACUAUGUACCUGGACUCUGAGGAUGAUGUGGAGCCUUCUCCUCCAUACUAUGAUGGCACGCUCACUUCUCACGGAGGAGGCUUCAACAUGCCCGACUUGGAUUCAAGUGACAUCUCAGUCAUCUCUGAUAUUAGGGACUUUGAGAACAAACUCAACAACAAAGUGCCAGCCCAAGUUCGAGUAAAGCCUGGUGUGACAUUUGACUUUCGUAAAGUGAGUCGAAACCCCUACAUUGACACUCUUGGUCAUCGCCGCUCCCUGCCCUCUGCUGUAACCUGGGUUCCUGGCGGAGAUGUUGGCUACGAUCCGUCUGAUUACGCUGAACCACUGGACGCUGUCUCAAAGCCUCGUCUCAGCAACGAGGAGAUCAUUUACUCUGUGCCCCAUGACAGCACACAGGGAAAAAUCAUCACUAUCCGAAACUCUAACAGGAUGCACUCGAAUGGAAAUGGAUCGGACAGUGAAGCUGACAGCAGCUCACUGGAGAGAAGGAGGAAGUUCUCUGCUGUGGGGGUUAAGCCCCGGCUCUACCGUGACCGCUCCAAGAGGCUCGGCAAAUUCAGCAGCUUUCGUACAAGCUUCAUUGGUAGUGACGAUGAGAUGGGCGCUCUCACAAAGUCCAAGGAGGAAGACUAUGGCACCCUGAAAAGUGACAGUCUUGUUGAGGAGAGUGAAGAUCCCAAAAAGAGGAACAUACUGAAGAGUCUGCGACGAACAGCAAAAAAAACAAGAACAAAGCCUCGUCCUGCAAUUCCCAAGCCCAUGGAGAGCAACUACUUUGGGGUCCCACUUGUGAAUGUGGUGUCUCCAGACAGACCAAUCCCUCUCUUUAUUGAGAAGUGUGUCCGAUUUAUCGAGACAACAGGACUCAACACAGAAGGAUUGUACCGAGUGAGUGGAAACAAGUCUGAGAUGGAGAGCAUGCAGCGGCAGUUUGAACAGGAUCAUGGGUUAGAUCUGGUAGAAAAGGACUUCUCCAUCAACACUGUUGCCGGAGGCCUCAAAAGCUUCUUCUCCGAGCUGCCUGAGCCCCUGGUGCCUUGUGCUCUGCAGGUGGACCUACUGGAGGCUUUCAAAAUUAAUGACCGAGAACAGAGGCUGUACACCAUGAAGGAUGUCCUGAGGAAGUUCCCCAGAGAGAACUAUGAUGUCUUCAAAUAUGUUGUGAGCCACUUACACAAGGUGAGCCAGCUGAGUAGGCUGAACCUGAUGACUAGUGAGAAUCUGUCCAUCUGCUUUUGGCCCACGCUGAUGAGGCCUGACUUCACCACUAUGGACGCUCUGACAGCCACGCGCACCUACCAGACAAUCAUCGAGACCUUCAUCCAUCAGUGCGCCUUCUUCUUCUACAACCAGCCACUUAUAGACUCCCCCACUGGGCUCGGAGGACUCCCCGCCUCCCCCACCACUGCCCUGACCUCUGCCUACACCUGUUACCGCUCCUCACCCCCCCACAGUGGAGCUCACUUCAGCCCACUGCAGCAGUCUCCCCCCACUACGCCCCAGUCGCCCCUACAGUCCCUGCUCCCCCCCCUGCACCAGCACUCUCACCCCCACCACUCACCGGCUGAACAGGAGACACUGUGAGACCUGCGCCCCACGUGCCCAUGCUGGACAUUAUCUCACUACAGAAAACAGAAAAGUACUUCCAGGGCCUCAAGCCGUAUACACUAUAUCCAUAUGACAGAGCUGCCCUUAUUAGGAAAAUCCAUUUGUGCUUGCUGAAUUUAAGGGCAUCAUAUUUUAGUGGUAGCAUUGUCAUUGAAGAUUGUUUUAAGUCAAGGACCAGAGACAAAAUGAGCCAGCAGACAUGUCCCAUGGAUGCUUGUGGCUGAGUCUUGGUCUAAUGUGAACAGUUAAAGCACUGGUUAUAAGUAUUUGGGGUGAUCACUAUCUGGUACUGCCAUGCCCUGAAACAGGAGGGCAACAGAAAGCCCUGUCACUACAAGCCUUCUGAUGACACCACUUAUCCUAUACUACAAAGAAAAAACAACAACUCCAUGCCAUGUUUUUAACCUAUGUUUUAAAUUCUUUGUCUCAUGAUGUACUGCCACUGGACUGAUGGACUGUUCCUGUGUAUUGAGCUGCUUGAACGGUGCUGUCAGGAGCAGGGGAAGGGUACACAUCCAGGGAUGCACUUUAUCUAUCACUGUUGUUUUCAUAGCUCAGCCAUAACCCUUGCCCAAACAGAGCAUUGGCAGAUCAAACUUUGUUUACAUCAGACAUAUUCUUUUUGUAUUCACUAACUUAUCUCCAAGCACUUUUUCAUAGUGUAGUGUUAAUUGAAGAUAAUUGAGAUGCCACAUUGACUAACUGCCCUUAUUGUUUUAGUGGUGAGUGUGGCAUUAGAAUAGGCUUGUGAAACAAGAUCCUUUUUGUAAAAACCUAUGUUCAGAAUAUUCAGAAGUUACAUUUUAGACAAAUGGGAAGUCUGUAUCUGACCAUUUCCUUAUUCACCCAGCCAUGUGAAAGCUAGUUUACUUGAAGCAUUUGUCUAGAUUGCAUUUGUUGAUCUGAAUGGACGUUUAGGGAAGUUUAGGCUGUAUUCUAAGAGAUUGCCUGCUUUCAGUCAGGUGAAAGAUACAAAGUGAAAUGGGAAGAGACUAGUGAUACCAUAAUACAACUAUGUUGCCAUCUGGUGACUAUGGAGACUACCGGCUUGAAACCUUAGAGGGUUGGGGAUGUAUUGCUGAGGCUGCCUAUCAGCCAACCUCUUUGUUUUCAUCUAAUAUUAAGGACUUGUAACUCAGACGGUUUAGUCCUUUCACUGUUUCAAUGGUCCCAGUAAACACAGCCCUGUAGACUUUUAUAUAAUUGUGAAUGGGACUUGGGAAAGACCCAUCUGCUGCUUUAGUGAGUUAGUUUAGCGCUGGCUUACACACCCUCCCCUUUUACAGAAAAAAAACAAGCAACACAUGUUCAAUGGUAGCAUUGUGAAUGAAGACACAAUCAUUUAACGAUCCAACGGAAGUGAAGCGUUGUCUUGAAUGAAGUCUUUGGAGAAGCUGAACCAUCAGGCCCUCGCUCUGCGUGUCUGUGUCCUGGUACAUGCAUUGUAUGUAGAGCACUGGUUGUACAAGUAUUUUGGGAGCUGAAUUCACUGGUACUUUUGAAUCACAAGGCUGUUCGCAGUUUGUCACUCCAAACUAUGACAGAAUCAUCAACCUGCCGCUAACUCCAGGUGUACACAAUCAUUUUACUCAACAACUUUAACUCAACAUUGGCAAAGUGCAUACUACUCUAUAAUGUUUAUUUGUAUGUUGGGGGCUCCACCCAUUAGUCAAUAGUAGAAAACAUUUCUAGUGUGUAUUUCAAUGAUUGAAAGUCCAUUUUUACGAUUUUUGUGAAUGGUUCAAGGCCACUUAAGGUUAAUGCAUGAUUUAAAAUACUCAAAGGAAAGCCUCUUCCGUUUAAAACAAAUUAGACAAAACAAAUAUUAAAAUACCGAAACAGAAGAAACAUAUGUACUGUGCACCAAGGACAGACCAUGAAAUUUGAAGUGUUUGAAGAUGAAGGCCUUAUGUGAACUGUAUAAUAGUUAAUAAAUUAAAUCUUGUAAAAUUG